UCAUAACAAUCAACAAGUAAAAGUGUUUGAGAUUACUGUGAAAGACUGAUUAUUGUCACUGAUUUUUUUUAAUUAUAACAAAUAAAUAAUUUACAAAUUAAGAACAUGUGUAUGUUCCACUGAUUUACCAAUAUGAUAUUAAAAUAGUAGCAUAUUUUCACUUUCAUUAACAAUUAACAGUUUAAAUACGUGCCGUUUCGAGUAACGAACAUCUAAGCUUAAUUAAGUACAGACCAACCUAUUAAAAUGAUUCAUAUUUGUUUCUUAUAGCUUGAUUGUUUUAAUGAGAUUGUACUCGAUUUAAACUGAGAAUGGGCGUUACAUAAACAGUUUGAACAAUGUCUGAGCACAUAGAAUCAACUGACUGUGGUUCAAAAGUAGUACAAUCAUGGAGAACUUUAGUUAAUACACUGAAUACAGGACACAAGAUUUAUCCCCUUGAUCAGAAUCCGUCCAGGGAUUGUGAAUUCAUAGUUAUUGAUUCUAAGAUUCAAAUAAGAGUUGUACAUGUUCUACCUGGUUUUGUAAGGAGGUCAAUUGUUGUUUCUCAACCAAUACUAUUUGAUACUAAAAGAUGUUCAUUGUCAGAAGAAUACUGGUUCAGCAAAUGGAAUAAACCAUUAAAACUUGGAAACUGUAAUUGUUCAUUUAGGAGGUCAUUCAGGCAUUCCAUUAUUUCAAGUCAACCUCUAGGAUAUAGUAAUGAAACUAGUAGAAAACUGGUACCCAGUUUAGAACUGUCUCCAACCAAAAUUACAAAUAUAGCAACAUUUGUAGAACGUCUAAUUCAAGACACAUUUUUUGAAGCCUUUUAUGAAUAUUAUAUGGUAAAAAAUAAAGAUAAUAGGGACAGAAACACAAACAAUGGUCAAAUCAAUUUAGGAUAUGAAGUGACAGAUGAAGAUAAUAUUGUUAUAACAUUGCGUAAAAAGACUAAAUCAAAUGACUUUGCAGCUAACAAGACUGAUUUGAGGAAUAGUUUUUGUGUUAGAAAAACAUGCAUUCAUAAAAAAUCUAUACAAAAACCUCUUGUGAUAUUGUUUCAUGGAAUAGGAACAUCAGCAGAUAUAUGGACUAUAGUUAUAAAUGCUUUGACUUGUCGUGGUUAUGAAGUUAUUGCUCCUGAUAUGUUAGGACAUGGCUUUAGCUCAGCACCAACAAAAUCAACCUAUUAUACUUUUAAUAAUCUUCUUCGACAGGCACUCACAAUUUUUGACCAUUACAUGGGAGAGAGUAAAAGAAAGUGUGUUCUAAUUGGACAUUCUUAUGGUUGUAGUUUGAUAACUGCUAUGUAUCCACAUAGAGCGCAGAAAAUUGGGCAACUUAUAUUGAUAAGUGGUGGUGGACCAAUUCCUUUAGCACCACCUGUAAAAGAAAAUGAAAUAUCUCCAUUAGGAUGUGCAUAUACUUUCCUGAAUCCUUUACUAUACUGUGGUGUCAAAAGGAGUCUUUUCUUUCUAUCAAGAGGCAAACAUUUUAAAGUUUGUGAUGAUGAAAAUGGUUUACCAAGACAUGUUGUCGAAAAUAUGACAAAAGGUCAAAAAUGGUCCCAAGGAGAUACAGCUUUUCACAGAAGAAUUAUAUCUCCUACCCUUUUAGUACAUGGAUUACAAGAUACACACGUAACAUUAGUCCAAGAGUGUGAGAUGGAAAGGACAAUUCCAAGAGCUUUUUUGGAACUAAUUCCUAAUGCUGGACAUUUACCAAUGAUUGAAACACCAGAGCAUUUAAUACACAUGAUUAUUUGUUUUUUAGAUAUGUGGAGUUGAUUUAUAGAAAUUUCUAAUGUUUAUCUUUUUUCUACAAAACUUUUAAGAUACACAUUACAGUUGAAUGUACAUGAACAUUCAAUUGUGAAUUUUUUUGAAUUUGAUAUUUUACAAAUAUAUAUAUAUAUAUAUAUAUAUAUAUAUAUAUAUAUAUAUAUAUAUAUAUAUAUAUAUAUAUAAACAUCUUAUCACAGAAAUGCCGAACUGGCUGGAGGAUAGCCGGAAUUAAAAAAAUAUAAAUAUAUAAAUAAACAAAAUUUUAUUUUUAAUUAAGUUAAAAGUGGUAAUAAAAUACAGGAAAUUGAAAUAUUGAAAUGGAAGAUGGCUUGUUUGAUAGAACAUUGGGUUUAUCUAUGAACUACAAGGAUGACGUAACAUGUGUUAUUUAGUAACCUCUUUUCAAUGUCAAUGUGCCGUUUAGAUGUAAGCCUGUAUCAAACCAACUUUAUAAUCAUUAAAUGUUUCAAAAGCUACAUCACUGCAUCAAUGUAUUAGUUUUCGAUUUCUUCUCACUACAUACUAUUACUGAUAUUCCUAAAAUGUUCUGUAUUAUUUCUAAAUUUUGAAUUACUAAUAGAAUUUUGAGUUCACACAUAAACAUAAUUUUCAAUUUGUUUCUGCAUUUUUAAAAAAUUAUAUGCGUGGACAAAAAAAACUACAGAUUCAAGUGUUAUUGCAACAAGGUUCCAAUAUGAAUAUGAAUGAGAGCAUGACCUUUGUUAAUUAUGAAGAGUCAAUACAAAUUAUUCACCUAAACGGCACAGUGCCUCUGGAAGAGGGGUUACUGGAUAACACAAAAUUUCUUAGCAUCAAUCUUUUAGUCCAUAGAUCUCUGCCAAACAAAUCAGUUUGCAUUCUAGUUUCUGUAUUUAAACUUACAAUUUUUCCAUCGCCUCCAUAAAUUUAAUGUUGAAAAAUAACCUGUAAAAACAGCUUGUUCCAAAACGAUUUUUUGAAAUUGUUUGCAGAAUUGAAAUUCCUUGUGAAUAGUCUGGAUCGAUUUGAUCACUUCAUUUUUUAUUUAGAGGAAAAAUUUUUAUGUUUGAUAAUUUAGGGGUUCCUUAAUAUUCGCUAUAGUUCAUUGAUGUAAUGUAUGACAAAUUUUCGGCAUGCUUCAAAUACUCAAAAAUAUCUACCACGUGUUAUAUACAUUAUAAUAAAUAAAAUAGUUUUUUGACACUUAUCCUCAAAAACACUUUAAAAAUUUAGAAUAUCUAAGCUGCGCUAUUUUAUGAUGAACUUGACCUUUUCUCCUUAAAUAUUUACUGUCAAUCCCUUGAUUAGUCAAAAAAGGUAGAGAUUCAAGAAUAAUUAACUGACUACAAGUUUAGUCUGUUCAAUUGCAGAUUAUUAUUAUUAAUCGUCCAAGAAAUAAUUAAUUAAGAUUUCUGUUGAUUUUGAUAUUAUUAAAGCUUGUAAAAACUUUUAAUGUCAUGGAAUUCAAUAUUCAAAUUGACUUUUUAUCAAAGUUAAUUCCAUGAGAUUAAAAAUUUUUAUGAUUAUAAAGUUGGUUUGAUACAGGCUUACAUCUAAACGGCACAUUGAUAUGGAAAAGAGGCUACUAAAUAACACAACAUUUUCUUACGUCAUCCUUGUAGUUCAUAGAUAAACCCAACGUUCUAUCAAACAAACCAUCUUCAAUUUUUUCCGCCUUGGAUUAAGCCAAUAAAAAUGAAUUUUCCUUUGUCCCGCCGCGAACCUCCUCAUCAACGUCAAGGUUCAAUGUCUCUUUGAGGGGGGUGAUAAGAUGUUAUCAGAGAUGUAUAUGAUGAAUUUUCAGUGUUUCAAAAAAAUCUCGUAUCAUCUUUAACAACAACUUCUUGUUUAAGAGAACAUCUUCUUUUUUUAUUUUAAGAAAGUAGUUGAUACAGUUAUAAUUUUCUUGAUUAUUUCUUUCCAGAUGGCAGGAUAAACAAUAGUACAAGAAGGCUAUAGUAAGCCGAUAGUACAUGACAAUAAUAAGUUUUAUAUUCAAAAAUAGUCAAUUUUAUUAUUCAUGAAAAAAUCAAGUCAAUUAUUUUUAUUAUCACUUGAAAGUAAUUGGGAAUAAGUAUUUUUAGCAUAAUAAUACUAUUGCGAUAUGACAAAUCUGGCCAUUUUUACUAGAAAAUUAAUUGUUUCUGUGCAGAGAAAUGUAUACAGCCAGUCUCAAUACAUAGAUUGAGGAUUUCCUAGAUACACAACAUUAAAGGCACACCAUUUGGCCAACACAUUAUGUAAUAAAAAAAUAAACGUCUCUAGCACUGGGAUGAUGAUAUUUUAUUCUACUCGAACCCUUUUAUUGUUUGUUCUACUUCACAGCGCUGCCUAUAAAUGUAUAUGGGUAACUUAUCUCUAUAUUCUUAUUUCUAAUUGAAUCAAAUAAAUCAAUUAAUCGUUCUCUUAUUUCAAAUUAAUAAAAAUAUAAAAACACUUAAAAAGAAUAAUGAUAGGCGUGAGAGUUUUUGAAUUUAAUAUUAUAAAACAUAAAAUAUUUUACAAAGAUGAUACUAAGUCAAUUUAAAUAGCUAGUUUCACUGGAAGCACCCCUGUUAAUUCGCACCCAAGCUCAACAGACAAUUUUCACAAAUAUAUUGAAUUGGUGUUAUCAUUUCUUUUAACUUUAGUAGCACAGCUUAUUCUUGAAUAAAACAUUGGUAGGAGCUAUUUCUAUUGACUGUCUUCAAAAUGCCUUUUAGUGCAAGAUGGUUGAACUUUUUUAUUGCUUUAUAUACGACGAAUACAAAGUUUGAGACAUCUGGUAGAUGGCCACAAUUCUGGGUCGCAUUGGAGUCCCAAUAAGUAUUAUCAUAAAACAACAUGAAUCAAAUGGGUGUGUAUUUAGGAAUUAUUCAAUCGUUUGAAUAUACUUGAUAAUAGUCUACAAACUACAAGUUAUCUGGUUUCAAAGAAAAUACUGUAUUUUUUAUUAAAAAUUUAACUCAUUAUAUUACAGCCAAAACCACGGUUUUGAGUGAAGUGCACUUUAUUUCAAGUAGAGGUAGACAAUUGUCUUUCAAGACUGGUUAAAAGAUUAUAAUCUAAUAACCUUACUUUACUAUUAAUAUCCCCAUUAAUGCCAGAUAGGCGAUUAUGUCAAACUAACUUAACCAUUCAAAUAAAUGAUUUGGUUGUACAAAAAAGUCGAUGAAAAUUUAUUUUUCCACAUAUAAACUUACAAAGUCUCGAGUUUUGUAGGUUUCGAAGACCUAUUCACAAAAUCGAUUUUUGUAGUUUUAACGAUGUCAGUAAAAUAGGUGGAUAUGAGCACAUAAUGUAUACAAAUAAGUGAAAAUAUGCUUAGUGACUCUUAAAAACUAUAUUUCCAUAAGAAUAUUAUUAUCUUAUAUAUUGAAUGGAAUGUAACUUGAGCUGUGCUAAUAGUAACUCAACAAAUAGAAAUCAAAAUUUCUGGUCGUAAAUACCAUAAAAACUAAAAACUUCAUAAUCUACCACAGUUUCAUGUUUUUCUGUUCACUAAAAGUUAUAACAUUAAGAAGCGAGACUAAGUAAAUUUGGCUGUAGGUAUUUUUGAUAUCAUAUAUCAUCACAUAUAAAUGCAUAGGUUUUGCACUCAUUAACAUUAUGUUUCAAUAAAGCGAAAUAAAUGUAUUUUUAGAAGAAAAAACAGAUUUUACUGUUCACUUGGUUUUUGAGAAAGUAUUUAGUUUAAAGUUGUUUGUGAGAAAACGCAAAUAGUGCAUGAACUUUAGACAGUUUAAUAAUGCUAACAAAAACAAAACUACACACAACUCACAUGAAUUUUUCCAUAUUGAUUUUAACUCUUAAUUAUAUAAAAUUAAUUCGAGUAUUUUCUACCUCAAAUUUGCAUUUAGUAUAUAUGUCGCACUUAUAUUGUCAAAUUUAUAUUUAAUCAGUAGAUUGUCAAUUGCCUUAAUUUCUUACUAUUUCAACAACCAUUUAAAAUAAGCAUCCGGAGAAACCUGAAGGUCUAUAAGAUCCAUUUGCUCCAUCCAGUUAAUAUCGUUUGUCACUAAAUAGUUUUAUUGAAAACGACGGCACUAUUUUCUUAUCUUUCCGAGCAUAUAAUAUUUUAUCGCGCCCAGCGUGGCUGGUAGCUAUAUGUACUUCUAAUAAAAUGUCAUAAUAUUUUUUGCGGGUAACAACUUUUAUCACUAGUGAAGAAAUAGUUUUGCGCUUAAUAAUUAAUAUUUUUUCAUUUCUCAUGUCCAAAACAUCAUUUGCAUAGUGGUAUUGUUGGUUAUUGAAGCUUUUGUGUUGUUCUGAACUUACCAACCAGAGCGCUCGACGUCUCCCUUUGUCAACUCAUAAUAUACCUAAAUUUAUUAUAAUUUCACUAUAGUGUCCAUGAUAUUUGUAAUGACUAAAACGAAACCAUCAAAUUGUAAGUUGGUUGACAAUCUACCGUUUAAUUAUAAUAUCACUAGUGAAAUAGUAAUGUCACGACUUUGACAAUAUACUUGAGACAUAUAAAAAGCAUCACAAUAUAGAAUAAGUUCAAAGUGAUCUGGCAAUGAUUCCGUCCAAACAGUAACUUUAUACAACUAGUUUUGUGUAAUUAUUUAUUGUUUUAUACACCUAUAUUGUUCAAUAAAUUAUUUAAGCAACUAAA